GGGCCGUGGUGUACGGACGUAUACCUCCAGGUUUUCCCGCGCGAUUUUCCGCAGUUUUUUACAUGCUAAAUUAUAAAAAUUUGGGCGAUGUACAUCUAUAAUAAUUUGUAGGACGAACAAGUGACCUUUGGGAUUGUUUUAUUCACACAGUAUUCAGACAGUGAUAUAAAUAUCUAAUAAUAAAGCAUUAAAUCUGUCGAAUGCUUCGUUUGUAAAGGAUUGAUGAGUGUUUGUGGUGAAACAUUUUCUGUAUUCUAUGUUGUAGCUUUCUUUGCCUUCGUGUGUAGUGUUUUAAAAAGUAAAAUGUGAAACAGUUCUGUUUUUUUUUAAUUUGGAAGUUUGUUGAACAGGAGAUGCCUAACCCCGCCCCGGUCAGCUUCCAAUGGGACAAACUCUCGCCGGCCGAGUUCCAGCAGCUCCAGGAGUUAGCAUCGUAUUCCACAAAGAAAUUACAAGAUGUCCUCAAGGAGAUUUGCGAGGUUAAAAAGCAGAGUCCUGAUGGGGACAUCGAUUAUGAAGGCUUCCGCUGGUUCCUCGAUACAUUCCUCGAAGUGUCUACGCCGGAUGAACUAUGCAGGCAUCUGUUCCUCUCAUUCGUGCGACGCGACCGCCGGCCGGCGCUCCGCGAGAUGGCGGCUGCGAGCUCGGCCGCCGCGUGCGCAGCUGUCACGGCACACGCUGACCACCAGGGGAAGCUAAGCUUGGCGUCGAAGAUCCAUGGUCUAGCUGAGCGGUUACAGCAACUCGGCAAAGGUUCGGGAGAUUCUGUUGACGGCAGCGAUAAAGGCUCCAGAAGUAGAACAGGAAGCGUCCAUCCAAUGUUCACCGUGACGACCCACCCGUCCUACUCGUCCCACGAGCUCUGCCUGGACCGCCGGAACGAGACGAGCCCGAGCCACAGCCAGAUGUCCAGGAAUUCCAGUAGGAAGAGCAGCAACUCUUUGAGGGUCAACCAGUCUACUAAAAUUGAAGAUUUCAGACACCUGAUGCGAAGGUCUUCGACGCUGGAAGUACAUACGGCCAGGGUAUCGCUGAAGGACAUUGUCUGCUACUUAUCUCUGUUGGAGGCUGGACGGCCCGAAGACAAGCUUGAAUUCAUGUUCCGCCUGUAUGAUACGGACGGCAAUGGGGUUCUGGACACCAACGAGAUGGACUGCAUCGUCAACCAGAUGAUGACAGUCGCCGAGUACCUUGGCUGGGAGACCUCGGAACUCAGGCCUAUUCUACAAGACAUGAUGGUUGAGAUAGAUUACGAUGCUGAUGGUACGGUUUCCCUGGACGAGUGGAAGAGAGGAGGAAUGACAACAAUUCCUCUGCUAGUCCUUCUAGGGUUGGACACGAAUGUGAAAGAGGACGGCGAGCACGCGUGGCGGCUCAAGCACUUCAGCAGGCCGGCGUACUGCAACCUGUGUCUCAACAUGUUGGUGGGACUCGGCAAGAAGGGGCUGUGUUGUAUCUUCUGCAAGUUCACCGUCCACGAGCGUUGCGUUCAGCGCGCGCCGGCGUCCUGCAUCGCCACGUAUUCCAAGUCGCGGCGGGCUUCCGCCACGUUGGCACAUCAUUGGGUUGAAGGCAAUUGCCACGGGAAAUGCGCCAGGUGCCGGAAGAAAAUUAAAGGUUACAACGGCAUUACCGGCCUGCACUGCCGCUGGUGUCACAUCACGCUCCACAACCGCUGCGUGGGCAGCGCCGGAGGUGCCUGUACCCUGGGUAGGCACGCGAGGCACAUUCUGCCCCCCACCGCCAUCAGGCCCCUGGUGCUGGACAGGCAAAGGUCUCUACCUCACAGACCUCAGCACGAUCAGCAAUCCCUACCAACGUCAAUAUCACUGCCAAUAUCUAUAUCAGCGCCGAAAGAAGAGAAACGUGAAGAGAAGAAGGAACACCGAGCCCCGCCAAUUUCGUUUCAGAUCACGCCGCCUGACGGCACGUGUCCCUUACUCGUCUUCAUCAACCCUAAGAGUGGGGGGAGGCAAGGGUCGAGGGUAUUGAGGAAACUCCAGUAUAUAUUGAACCCGAGACAGGUGCACGAUAUUGCCAAAGGAGGUCCAAUGCAGGGUCUGCAAAUGUUCAAAGACGUGAAGAGCUACAGGGUUAUAUGCUGUGGGGGUGACGGCACCGUUGGCUGGGUUCUCGAAACUAUGGACAAAGUACAAAUGGAAACCCAGCCCGCGGUCGGUGUGAUCCCGUUGGGGACAGGCAACGACCUUGCUCGGUGUUUACGAUGGGGAGGCGGAUACGAAGGGGAAUCUAUCCAUAAAAUUCUGGACAAAAUUGCGCGAGCCAGCACAGUCAUGAUGGACCGGUGGCAAAUACAUGUGGAAAACACUAAUACUGAAUGCGAACAAGUGCAGAUUAUGCCGGACUCCGCGCCGCAUCCCACAGGAGUACCUUACAACAUCAUCAAUAACUAUUUCUCAAUAGGAGUUGACGCGGCCAUCUGCGUGAAGUUCCACACGGAGCGGGAACGGAACCCGGACAAGUUCAGUUCUAGGAUGAAGAACAAGCUGUGGUACUUCGAGUUCGCCACGUCCGAACAGUUCGCGGCCAGUUGCAAGAACCUGCACGAGUACAUUGACAUUGUGUGUGACGGGUCGUCGCUGGCGCUGAGCGCGGGCCCGGCGCUGCAGGGCGUGGCGCUGCUGAACAUCCCGUACGCGCACGGCGGCUCCAACCUGUGGGGCGCGGGCGCAGCGCAGCGCCGCGGCAGGUUCCCUAACGCACAACAAGACAUUGGUGACAAGCUGAUAGAAGUUAUAGGCUUAGAGAACUGCCUACACAUGGGACAGGUUCGGACGGGCCUCCGCGCGUCCGGCCGCCGCCUGGCGCAGUGCAGCUCCAUCACCAUCACCACCAAGAAGACAUUCCCCAUGCAGAUCGACGGAGAGCCCUGGAUGCAGACUCCUUGCAAGAUCACAAUAACCCACAAAAAUCAAGUGCCCAUGCUGAUGGGCCCAGCUCCAGAAAAAGGAAGAGGAUUUUUCAAAUUAUUUACACAUUGUUAACGGGUUUUUUUUUCUUGUCUUCCUUUUUUUUAAUUUAUCUGAGUGUGACAAAAAAUGAUUUUAGAAACGAGUAGGUACAGGUACGGUAUAUAAUAACUUUAAGCCAAACUCACUUUUGCAAAAUUAAGGCAUAUCUAAAUAUGCCUUGCAUUUUUGCCAUAUGUUUUCAAAAACGUAUAAAUUAAAUUAAGUAAAAAUAUACUUAUAUAAUUGAAUAUGACUGUCGUUUUCCAAAUAUAAAAGUUAUUUUAAAUUUCUUACAUCGUUCCAUCUCUUUCUCGAAGGGAAUCAAAAUAGACUCUCUUUCUAAUCAAAUCAGUAAAAAAGACAGUUGAGAUGAUUUAUUUUUUAUCUAGGCGUUUGGCUUAAGGUUGUUGGCACUUUCACGAAUAAAUAAAUGUAUGAAUGUAGCAACCAUAAAUCAAACUGUCAAUGUUACAUAUCGCCGUCCUUUAUUAACUGUAUUUUAUAAACAAGGACAAACAAUAUUCAAGUCAAGUCAUACAAUAUUAAUUAUUUUUAUUUCUACAGUUAUUUGUGGUUCCUUUUUUUACUAUAUUUAUGUAUAUUGAGCACAAUAUUGUUGUAUAUUUGUAUUUGAUGUCUCACUCAAAUAAAAUAAUUAUUUAAUAAUUAUUAUUUUUAGGUAUAAUUUAGCCAUUUUGCAUUUUGUUUUUUGAUACUUUGUUUUAUAUUGUCAUGUACAUUAGAUACAUGAAUAAAUAAAAUCUUUCGUGCUGUUUAAAACACUAUAGGCAUUUAAAAAAAAAAAAAAAUUAGUUUGAUAAGGUAAAAAGAAAAUCUUUAUUUGCGAAUCCACCGCCUAUUAAGUAUUUGUAAAAGAAAUCUUCACUUUAAAUCGAUUUUUACGAUCGAUACGGAAAGAGAAAUCAUUUUUAGAAAAUGUGUCAAAUGCCAUUACAUUAGGAAUUUUUUUUCUAAUAAAAGCAAGCGAUAUGUUCGCUAUUUAAAAUAUUUUAUUAAGUAAAAAAAAAUGUUUAAAUAUUGAUUUUUUACAAUAGUUUGCGUUUAUAGUUUAUUGUCAAGCUUAUCGAUCAAUUUGUCUUACGUUAAUAAAUAAUUAGAUUUAUUUACACAUUGAAUCAUAAUUUGUAAAAAAAUUGUCAUGAUAUCGCCCAUUUCUUUGUCGCACAUUUUUAUUAAUAAAUUUUUAUAUUUAAAUCAU